UUUCAGACCCGUACCAUCGAACGUGACUUAGCCUGCAGAUCAUAUGCACAAGAUUUAUUUACUGCUGCUAGACAAGAAAUUUUAGACCUCAAUCUCCACAAGACACCUAGACAUGUUCUAAAUGAUCUAAUAGAAAUCUUAAAUUUUAUCAGAUGGCAUGCUUCAGACAAAAUGAAAAAUAUAAAUUAUUCUGAGUUAUUAACCAUCAUUAUGAUGUACACUGAAAAUGAAUGCAUUGGUUGUCUUGGGUUUUUUGCCACCUUUCCUUUAAUCCAUCCUGACCAAGUAUUUCCAAAUUCCACUACCAUACGCUCUAUUGGUGUCGUAGUGAAUGAUCAGAUCAUCAAAUGGGACCACCUUACUGGGUACAUGACCUUGAGGGGUACUGAGACCUUAUUUACCAGUCGCACUUGCUGUCAUGAAACUCAUAACUAUGUUGUUUGUACAUGUAACACCUUACAAACUUUUUCUCCUAAUGACACUAAACUCAUAAAUGUUCAGUUGCUGCAUGGUCAUCCUGAUACCAUUCAGGUAUCUCACACACAAUGGUGUGUAGUCAGUGAAAUGAAUUCCUUCACCUAUGGGGGAUUGUCCUGCUCUGCCAAUCACUCUUUUUGUCUAGAGGUAACAGAGGACUUUUCCAUGGGACAGACAAACAUUCUGGGGAAAGUACCACUGGACGCAGAGGCUUCGCCAUGGUGGGAUGACACCUUCUAUGAGCAAAGCACCCAAGCUGUGGUCGACACAAUGGAACUGGCACAAAGAAUCAUCCAACAAACUGAGUACCACCUUGCUCAAGCACAGGUGGAGGCUAACCUAGCCCGAAAGACUGCAAAAAUCUUGUCCUGCUCAUCCACCCGCUCUGCACAAUACGCCUACACCUGGUGGGACUGGAUAAUCCGUGGAUGUGCGGUGGGCUGUGCUCUAAUCUUCACUUUUACACUGGCCCAGUGCUGUUACUUCCGGUACCUCAUCCGAUCCAUGAGAAGGUCAACUGAAGUUGCUCUGGCUCUUAGCACAUUACAACUGUACACACUUCAGCGACUGAGAUAACAAAUAAAAUAAAAAGGACACAAUGACCCCACAGGGACUCUUCUGGAAUUGUCCCCGGGGGCCAAGCGGAGGAAACUGUAAGGCUGGCACCAGAAUGUCUACAACCAAAAGGCGCCAUUUCCGGUAAAAGUCAAAGAACUCCGCGAAAAUCAACGUCAUAGAACUCUCUCACAAAAGCUCAAAUCUACACCUGAAUAUCACCACGUGUGAUA